GCUGCAGCUGUCUUAGAGCAACAAUAACAAGCUCUGCCACAUUAACUUAGCACGGCUUUAACGCUCCCUGACAGCGCCAGAUAACACCGAAUCUCGUCAAAAUGUGGCUCUCGGAAUAACUUGGAUCUCUGUUUCCUCGUCGUCCGAGUCGAACACCAGGGUUACCGUCUCCGCCACCGCCGCUCCAGACCCGGAGAGUCGGUCGCAGGGGGAGCAGGGCAGGCAGGGCUGCAUCUGGGUCAGUGGGCCUGUUGGCGGCAGCACCGGUGUUAUCCCCGCGGGCUCACAUUGCGCCUGUCAUUCAUUUUUAUAUAGCCUACAUACCCGCAUAACCCGCGGUAACAUGCAGGGGGACGGGGCAGGACAGGACCAAGACUCAGAACUGUCCUGCCGAAACGGUGCGCAGAACGGCGAGUCGUCCUCCACCGGAGAGGCUCACUCCAACGGGCUGGAGUCGGUGACUAACAAUGGAAACACUGUCAACAACAACAACAACGGAGUGUCAGCACCGCCGGAGUCCAACAACAGCAACAGCACGGUGGACACUAGGAAGAAGAAGCGCCUGUCUCAGUGCGAGGAGGACGUCAUCAGGCUCAUCGGACAGCAUCUCCACGACCUGGGGCUCAAUCAGACGGUGGACCUCCUGAUGCAGGAGUCAGGGUGCAGACUGGAGCACCCCUCCGCCACCAAGUUCCGCAACCAUGUCAUGGAAGGAGAGUGGGACAAGGCUGAGAGUGACCUGAAUGAACUGAAGGCAUUGAUGCAUUCUCCCAGUGCUAUAGUGCGGAUGAAGUUCCUGCUGCUGCAGCAGAAGUACCUGGAGUACCUGGAGGACGGGAAGGUUCUGGAGGCCCUGCAGGUCCUCCGAGCCGAGCUCACUCCUCUCAAGUACAACACGGAGCGGAUCCACGUCCUGAGCGGGUACCUGAUGUGCAGUCAUGCAGAGGACCUGCGAGCCAAAGCAGAGUGGGAGGGCAAAGGCACGGCGUCCCGCACCAAGCUGCUGGACAAGCUGCAGACAUACCUGCCCCCCUCGGUGAUGCUGCCCCCCCGGCGCCUGCAGACCCUCCUGAAGCAGGCGGUGGAGCUGCAGAGGGAGCGCUGCCUGUACCACAACACCAAGCUGGACAGUGGGCUGGACUCUGUGUCCCUGCUGCUGGACCACGCCUGCAGCCGGAAGCAGUUCCCCUGCUACACUCAGCAGAUCCUCACUGAACACUGCAAUGAAGUCUGGUUCUGCAAGUUCUCCAACAACGGCACAAAACUGGCAACUGGGUCAAAAGACACGACGGUCAUAUUGUGGCACGUGGACACGGAAACCCAGCAGCUGAAGUUGAUGAAGACUCUGGAGGGUCACGCUUACGGGGUCUCGUACCUGGCGUGGAGCCCUGAUGAUGCGUAUCUGAUCGCCUGUGGACCUGAUGACUGCUCUGAACUGUGGCUGUGGAACGUUCAGACGGGGGAGUUACGCACCAAGAUGAGUCAGUCUCAUGAGGACAGCCUGACCAGCGUGGCCUGGAACCCCGACGGUAAACGCUUCGUCACCGGGGGCCAGAGGGGCCAGUUUUACCAGUGUGAUUUGGAUGGGAACCUGCUGGACUCCUGGGAAGGGGUCCGGGUUCAGUGCCUGUGGUGUCUGAAUGACGGCCGGACCAUGCUCGCAUCCGACACACACCAACGCAUUCGUGGAUACAACUUUGAGGAUCUGACGGACAGGAACAUAGUGCAGGAGGACCACCCCAUAAUGUCCUUCACUGUUUCCAAAAACGGACGGUUAGCUCUGCUCAAUGUCGCAACUCAGGGAGUGCACCUAUGGGACCUGCAGGACCGGGUGCUGGUGAGGAAGUACCAAGGCGUGACCCAGGGCUUCUACACCAUCCACUCCGGCUUCGGAGGGCACAAUGAAGACUUCAUCGCUAGUGGCAGCGAAGAUCACAAAGUUUACAUCUGGCACCGGCGCAGCGAGCUGCCCAUCGCUGAGCUGACGGGGCACACCCGCACCGUCAACUGUGUGAGCUGGAACCCUGUCCUGCCCGGGCUGCUGGCCAGCGCCUCUGACGACGGGACCGUCCGCAUCUGGGGCCCCGCCCCCUUCCUGGACGUCCAGGAGGCAGACGGCCUCAAUGAUUGUAGCAGCAUGGACAGCUGAUGGUGUGCGCUGAGCCUGAGGAGCAUUGAGACUCUGAACUCUUUGAACUGAUGAAGCAGGAAGUGCUCCCGUCGUCAGGCAGCAGCUUCCUGGAGACGGCCCGCGGUGCUGCAUGUCAGGAUGUCACCACACAGAGAUGUCAGAGCAGGCACAUCAUCCAGAGCAGAGCCGGACACAUGAAGCUCUGACCUCGACCUCGACCUCCUCCUCCUCCUCCUCCUCCUCCUCCUCCUCCUCCUCCUCCUCCUCCUCCUCCUCCUCCUCCUCUCCCUCUCCACCACCCAGGACCACCAACCUGCUCUUAUUUAUUAUCAACUACAUUAUUUAUUCAUGAGUAGUUUACUGACUUGUGCUAGGCUGUGACAUAGCGGCGCCUUGUGGACGGUGUGUUUUAGGUUUGUUUUCUAUGAGCUGCUCACACUAAGCAGCAGAACCCCUUCCCCUCCUCACCUGCAGAACCUAUUUAGAGAUUUGAACCAUCCAAACAUUUGAUGGAUGCACCCACUUGAAGAGAAUCUUAAUAUCCUUGUCUUUUCUUUCAUGCAAUGUAUAUUUUACACGUUUCUUUCUGCUCAUAGCCAGAGGGAGUAGUUUGAUGAGCAUGUUUCAUACGUCCUGCUUUAUCUCUUCAAUCCGCUGUGUCGAUGCCUUCUGAGAGUAAGCAGCAGCUAAUGUGUGGAAACCUGUAGAGUUCAAGGGAUCUUCUGUCAACACAGAGGAUCUCUGUAGUUUCCCUCAUGCCAUCAGUGGAUUUGUAUCUUUAUUUUCCCUUCAGUAUUUACUCUUUGAUUCAUCUUUUCCUGCUUACAAACAGCAUAUGCAUUUCACUUGGUUUGGUUUAGUUACAUGUUCUGAGUUUAAUGGUGUUUGUUUGGAUUUACUACAAAUGGAGAUAUAAUGUUUAAAGAGACACUCUGAUUUAUUGCUUUACCUUCAACAUCACGGCUCAGUGUGAAGUGUUUUAGAGAUGAGGCUGGUGUUAUAAUAUUUUAUAUUGUUAAAAAAUCGAAUGCAGAAACCAUCAAUGUGUGUGUUCAAGGUGAUGAAGAAUACGUUACCCAGUGCAACUCUGAUACAGAAGGAAUAAUACAUAUCAGGCGUUGAUACACACACAAAACUUCCUAGAAGAUACAGUUAUUAUUUUUGGUCUCUACAUUAGAUUGAAUUAUGCUAAAAAUAAAAAAUAAAUUGCCAGCCUUCUCCUUUUAUUUGAACACACCCCAGUGAGCUGACACACACAGUAACACUGAUGGAUCUGUAACAAAACACGUUUGUACACAAUUGUAAAAUAUGAAGUGUAAAAGAGCAAUUUUGCCUACUAUGAUAUUCUAUGAUGUGCUGUAUAUUUAUUUGUUAUGGCAUGUAUUAUGCGGCUGUGUAGAGUGGCAGGAUGUCGGGUGUGUUCAGAGUUCCCAUGCGGUUUUCUUUUACUGUCAAAUUCAGAAAGCUUUCAGAGCUUCACACCAAAUUUUCCUGACUGAAAUUCACAAACUGUGAAGCCAAACAUACAUUUUGGAUAUUUAAAAUGGAUCAUUUCGUGACAUUUUUUCCAAACCGCUUCAACAGUAUAUUAUUUUUUUUAGGCUUUGAAGUGGAUAAGUGCAAGAGCGUGGGAACCCUGUUCAUCAUCAGCAGCGCCUCCAUCACAGAACACACACGCUAGAGGAACACAACAAUAGAUGUCUGACUCACACAAACUUGAUCUACUCAGAGACGUGGUGUUCUAGUGACUUUCUUUGUUUAUCGGAGUAUUUCUGGCUUCUCGCUGUAAGAAGCCACAGUAGGAACUUAGUUUGCUUGCAGGCAGUUUCUGCCAGAAAACCAUUUUACGUUUUAAAUGUGUUUCUACAAAAAAAGUGAUUGUACUGUUCUGUAUUGUAUGUAGAAGAAGUGUUAUGUAUGCAUAUUUUAAAUAAAGAAUUCAGGGUUUUAAAAUGUAA